AUGACCUUGAGCACCAAGAACACAGCUACCGAGGCCAUGACUGCCACUCGGGGAAUUGAAGAAAUACAAGGCAACCUUGAUACUAUACACUGCAGACUUGACGUUGUGGAAGAGCAGGCCCUCACGCAGCGUGCUGAAAUCAUCGAGGUCGAGCGCAACAUUCAGACGCGAAUCGACGACGCCGUAAAGGAUAUGCGGGAGUGGUUUAAGCAGGAGCUGAAGGGCAUCAGAGAUAUGAUGAGCAAUCCGCGUGGUGGGAGUGUGGAUGAUAAAGCGCGUGGUGCGGUGAAAGAAAUAGUAAAGCAAAUUGACUACAUUGCCCCCAAGUUGAAGCACUUGGCAGGCGAGAUAAAGGACGUGAAGAGCGAUGACGUAGAGAAGAUAAAGAACCACGUCGACGCAGCUGAUAACGAGCUUACCUCAAGGAUCGCGUCUCUGGAAACAGCGCUCACGAACCUGGGAGAAGAAAAUAAAAUGCUUCGUGAUGGGAAUGUACGAUUGACGCGCGAGCAGGAUAAGCUGAGAUCUGAGAUAGAUGAGACAAAUGGCCGCUUUAUGAAAAGAGUUGACGUUCUCGAAACGUUGAUGAGAGACCGGAAGAAGGAGAACGAGAACCUCGCCAACGAGAAUAGACGAUUGCGAGACGAGCUGGGCGAAUAUAUACGCGAACAGCGAAAGGAAAUACACCUCAUCGGGGAUGAGAACGCACGUGGAUGGGCGGGAACAUUUCUCCCGAAACCUGGAAUUAGAACUCAGAGUGGCUAUGGGGGAAGUUUUCCAGCUGUUGGUCGUCUUGACAUAGGAGAUCGAGGACCGCGAGUCGACACUAAAGGGAUUGACAAGUGUCAAGAGAUAACGAUUGGGAAGGAGCCUGGAGCGACAGAUGUAAACAUAUGGCUGGGAGAAGUUGCUGCGAGCACGCGUGGAGCAUACGUGUACAAUGGAGACUACGGGUACGACAUGGUUAUGGGAGUUAGAGAGAUGAAGGACGAAGAGAUAGACAAACCUCUCAUAUAUCCGGCGCUCGAGUAUCAAUUGUAUUCUGCGUUGAGAAAAUCCGCGAGAUCGGAAGGAUUGAGGAGCAAGCUCACCAUCAAGGCCUUGGAGUACCAGCAGAAAGGAGAUAGAAGGAUGAUGACUGCAAUGAGAUGUCUGAAGACGAUCGUGAAAUACAUUGAGAUCCCAAGGUCGCUGGAGCACGGAAUGCUGAUGCAGGCGUUGGUGAACACCGCGUACAAGAUCAGACCGGGGAAGAGUGAAGAGGAAACGCUUGAGGAAUUCAUGACGAGACGGGAUCUUAUCGUUGCGCAGUUGUUGGCGUCGAAGGGAAAUACAUUGUCGGACAACCAGAUCGGCGAGGUGCUGUUCGCAAAAGUAAAGGGCUUGAUCGCACUGAACCACGACGUGGAGCGGUGGAGGCAGUCGAACGAGGCAGAAAGGACUCAUUCGUGGCUGCGUGAGAAAAUAGAAGCAAGACUGGAGAUUUGGAGAGCAGAGGGAAAUAGCAGGACGGCCGCAGCGAGAGCGAUCGAGCGAGCUCACGCCAGUGGGUAUAUAGCAAUGCCGGCAACCGGGCCCAGUCGAGGACCGGUUGAGAAGGUACCACCAUCGCUGAGGGAAAAGUUCCCAACAGAAGAGAUAGAGCAACGAACUAAACGAGAAGGCAGCCCGCACGCUGAGUUGGCAGGUGCCGGGAACAGGCAGGAUUUCGGCUAG